CUAAAUGCAGACGCAUACGAUCAACGAACACAUACAGGACCACAGUAACGACAUCCUUCAGCCAUGUCUUUACCAUAUCAAAUGAUAACCUCUGAACUUCAAAUCACACAAAUUAGUGACACUAACACAUUAUUUUCUUGAAUCAGAGUAAUAGCGUCACCUAAUGCUCUUGCUCUACGAGAUAUAAAUGACAUUCCGGUGAGUGAAAGUUCCAUCUAUUUUGGUUAUCUUAGCUUUCACCUCUCAUUGGCAAUUCAACAAGCAACUGCCAUGCAUAACCCAACCUUUCUUUGAUUUCUUGAGUUUCUUUAAUUUUGCUGCUUCUUUAGUUUCUUAUUGUCAUUCCAUGGCUGUGCUGAUUAUUUGCUCUUCAACUAUGUUUUGUGGUAGUGUUCAAGAUAGCACCAUUGUUGCUUUAAACCAUAAUUUUGGACUGGUAAAAGUUAGGGAAGUUAAAAAUUUGAGAUUUUUGGCUUGUGGGUCUGUUUCAAUUGGGAUGAAACCUAAGAAAAAGAGAGUGGGUUUAUGUGGGAUUGCAGUGAAAAACAAUGCUGAGUUGGUGGUUGUGACUAGGAAGCCAAAGAAUGCCUUGUCCUCUAAGGAAGUUAUGGCUGUUUUGAACUCGAUUUCGGAUCCGAAUGAUGCUCUUUCUUACUUUAAUUCAGUUGCUGAAUUGCCCUUUGUUGUUCACACUAAUGAAACAUGUAAUCACAUGCUUGAAACUUUGAGGGUUCAUAAGAUGGUGGGUGAUAUGGUAGGUGUGUUUAAUUUUAUGCAAAUGAAAAUCAUUAAGAGGGAUGCGAACACUUAUAUGACUAUAUUUAAGGCGCUUUUCGUUAGGGGCGGUCUUAGGAAAACACCGUCUGCUCUUGGAAAGAUGAGGCAGGCUGGCUUUCGUUUGAAUGCUUAUUCAUAUAAUGGAUUAAUUUAUUUGCUACUUCAGUCUGGGUUCUGUAGGGAGGCUUUGGAGGUAUAUAGGAGAAUGAUCUCAGAAGGUCUUAAGCCUAGUCUUAAGACUUACUCUGCGCUCAUGGUAGCAACAGGAAAGAGAAGGGAUACUGAAACUGUUAUGUCUUUGUUGGAGGAGAUGAAAACUUUGGGAUUGAAGCCAAAUAUCUAUACAUACACCAUUUGCAUUAGAGUUCUGGGGAGAGCGGGGAAAAUUGAUGAGGCAUGUCAGAUUAUAAAGAAGAUGGAAGAUGAUGGUUGCAGCCCUGAUGUCAUUACUUAUACAGUUUUAUUGGAUGCUCUUUGUACCGCAGGAAAACUUAAGAAUGCCAUCGAGUUGUUCAUAAAGAUGAAAGCUAGUAGUCAUAAACCUGAUAGGAUAACCUAUAUUACUCUGUUGGACAAGUUCAGUGAUUCUGGUGACAUGGACAGUGUGAGAAAAUUCUGGAGUGAAAUGGAAGCCGAUGGUUAUGCCCCUGAUGUAGUUACUUAUACCAUACUUGUCAAUGCAUUAUGCAAAGUUGAGAGUUUCAGUGAAGCAUUUGAUCUAUUGGACGUCAUGAGAAAGCAAGGGGUUUUGCCUAACCUUCAUACUUACAACACAUUGAUUUGUGGACUUUUAAGGGUUAAUAGGUUGGAUGAUGCAAUUGACCUUUUCAGUAAGAUGGAGUCUCUUGGCGUUGUGCCUACGGCUUAUACUUACAUCCUUUUCAUUGACUUCUAUGGAAAGUCUGGUCAUUCUGAUAAAGCUCUCCAGACCUUUGAGGAGAUGAAAACUAGAGGAAUUGUUCCAAAUAUUGUUGCUUGCAAUGCAUCUUUGUAUAGUCUUGCUGAAAUGGGUAAAUUGAGAGAAGCAAAAGCAAUUUUUAACGGUCUGAAAUGUAAUGGUCUCGCUCCAGAUUCAGUGACGUAUAACAUGAUGAUGAAGUGCUAUAGCAAGGCAGGGCAAGUGGACGAAGCCAUUAAGUUACUAUCAGAUAUGUCAGAAAGUCAUUGUGAACCUGAGAUUAUUGUAAUUAAUUCCUUGAUCAACACACUUUACAAGGCUGACCGAGUGGAUGAAGCAUGGCAAAUGUUUUGCAGAUUGAAAGAUAUGAAGCUUGCCCCUACAGUUGUGACCUACAACACAGUAAUAGCUGGAUUAGGCAAAGAGGGUCAAGUUCAAAGAGCCAUCGAGUUAUUUGAAAGUAUGAAGGGUAACGGCUGUCCUCCAAACACAAUAACUUAUAACACAAUCCUAGAUUGCCUUUGCAAGAAUGAUGGGGUUGAUUUGUCACUGAAGAUGCUUUACAAUAUGACAACAAUGAAUUGCACACCUGACGUUCUGACUUUCAACACUAUCAUCCAUGGGUUAAUUAAAGAAAAUCGAAUCAGUGAUGCAAUCUGGAUCUUCCAUCAAAUGAAGAAGAUGCUUACACCUGAUUGUGUGACUCUAUGCACCCUCCUUCCUGGUGUUGUAAAGAAUGGGCUCAUAGAUGAAGCCUUCAAGAUUGCUGAGGACUUUGUUCAUCGCGUUAGAAUUUACGUAAGCAGGCAAUUUUGGGAAGAUCUGAUGGGCGGAAUUUUGACUCAAGCAGGAACGGAAGAAACCAUUUUAUUUGGUGAAAGAUUGGUAAGCAGUAGGGUUUGCAAGGAUGACUCGGUACUGAUGCCUAUUGUGAAGUUUUUGUGCAAGCAUAAAAAAGCCCUUGUUGCUCAAACUGUGUUUACCAAGUUUACUAAGGAACUGGAAGUUAAGCCGACACUUGAAGCUUACAACUUUUUAAUUGAGGGUUUCCUUGAAAUCGACAAUGACGAAAUGGCCUGGAAUAAUUUCACUGAGAUGAAGAACGCUGGUUGCACUCCAGAUGUUUUCACCUACAAUUUGUUACUUGACGCUCAUGGGAAGUCUGGGAAGAUCAGUGAGCUUUUUCAACUGUAUGACCAAAUGCUUAGUAGUUCAUGCGAGCCCAACACCAUAACUCACAACAUAAUCAUCGCGAAUCUAGUUAAAGCUAAUAAAUUGGAAAAGGCUUUGGAUUUAUUCUAUCAUCUUGUAAGCGGUGAUUUCUCUCCCACUCCAUGUACUUACGGUCCCCUUUUGGAUGGACUGCUGAAGUCAGGUAGAGUAGAGGAAGCAGAAGAGUUGUUUGAGGGAAUGGCGGACUAUGGAUGCAGGCCGAACAGCGCUAUUUACAAUAUUCUUAUAAAUGGGUUUGGGAAAUCUGGUGAUCUGGGUACUGCUUGUGAGUUGUUCAAAAGAAUGGUUAGAGAAGGAAUCCGACCAGAUUUGAAGUCUUACACUAGCCUUGUCGGUUGUUUAGGUGAGGCUAGGAGAGUAGAUGAUGCUCUACUUUACUUUGAGGAACUUAAGCAAACUGGACUAGAUCUCGAUUCAGUUGCUUAUAACCUCAUGGUUGAUUGCCUUGGAAGAUCACACAGGAUCGAAGAAGCUCUCUUUCUUUUUAAUGAAAUGCGAAGUAGAGGGAUCAAGCCUGAUCUUUUCACUUAUAAUUCGUUAAUACUCGGUCUUGGUGCUGUUGGAAUGGUAGAACAAUCCAUAAAGAUGUACGAAGAACUAUUAUUUGAAGGUCUUGAACCUAAUGUUGUCACCUACAAUGCUCUUAUCCGUGGAUACAGCAGGUCUGGAAAAUCAGAUUCUGCCUAUACUGUUUACAAAAACAUGAUGAUUGGAGGUUGCAGUCCGAACACGGGUACAUUUGCUCAGCUUCCAAAUCAAUCCCGACACUUUUGGGAUACUCAGACUGGCUAGACAUUAUAGUCGUAUCCCGACCCUCUGCUCGAAGCACGCCAGGGAUCAUCAUAUACUCCAGUUGUACAGGAUGGUUCUGGCAUUUCAUAUGUGGCCAUUUGAUGUCGGAAAACAAUUGAAGCGCCUACCGGUUCACCGACAUUUUUCGUGUAUAGAAAGAGCAAGACUAAUUAAUACCCAUGCUCACAAGUCAUCCAAAUUGUAGUGUGGAGGAGAACUGUAAUUAGCCAUCUCCCGUGCUCCAUCGGUAAUGUUCUUUGGUGUAGCAUAGCGACUAUAUGUGUACACAAGUGUUUUUCGACCUAGUCAGUCAACACAUGACAAAUUGUUUUGUACCUUCAUUCCUGAUAUACCAGUUGUUGUACCUUGUAUAGAACAUUUGUAUCAGCAUACAUGACCAAUCAAACUUGUGUUCAUCUUCUAUUGAAAAAGAAAAAGAGUUGUGUACAUUUUGAUAUUUUUGUUGUAGCAAGUUUUAUUGUAAUGGUAACCUUUUCUUAUCAAUGGUAAUUCCCAUUUUUUGUAGAAUUUGGAUUUAAA